GGGUUCAGAGGGGUUCAGUGACUUGGGAUGCGUUAACCCGCAGCCAGUUAUUGCAGAAUUGAACCCAAGAGUCUGACAGCAAGAUCUGACCCUGAGUGUGAACGCUUCCCUGCUCAAACUACUCUUCAGAGGCUGGGAAUCAGUUCAGUUUGAAGAGAUCCUUUUAAUAUGUUGCCGCAACACCUGAAGCAGAUCCGAGUCCUAAUGCUCAACGACAAGGAAAAUCUGGAGAGGACGCUGUUCAGACUCGAACAAGGUUUCGAGCUGCAGUUCCGCCUGGGUCCCAGCCUUCAGGGGAGGAGGGUCAUGGUAUACACCAACUACCCAGCUGAAGGUCAGCAGUUCAAACGGGAUAAAUUCCGUGUCUUGGCAUGGAGCAAUCCAGCAGGAAAGGAGGAUGACUCUGAUAAAUUCUGCUCUCUGGAUCUGAAGACAGCUGGGUCCUAUCAGUACUACUUUGGAUGCACGGAAUCAGAGCGCUCAGGAGGAGGCUACAUUGUAGUUGACCCUGUGCUUCAUGUGGGUGGAGACAACCACGUUAUCCCAUUAGACUGCAUCACCAUCCAGACCUACUUGUCCAAAUGUCUGGGACUCUUAAAUGACUGGCCCGAUAGGCUCAGAGUGGCCAAGGAGUCAGGAUACAACAUGAUCCACUUCACUCCUCUGCAGACUUUGGGAGAGUCCAGGUCCUGCUACUCCUUAGCUGACCAGCUGUCAUUCAACCCUGAGUUCAGCCCACAGGGUCAGUGUUACAGCUGGCAAGAUGUGGGGGCUCUAGUGGAGAAGCUAAGGACUGAAUGGAACAUGCUGUGCAUUACCGAUGUGGUGUAUAAUCAUACUGCUGCUAACAGCGCGUGGAUAAGAGAACAUCCUGAGUGUGGUUAUAACCUGGUGAACGCGCCUCACCUGCGUCCAGCCUGGGUCUUAGACAGAGCUAUCUGGCAUUUAACCACCAGGGUGGCAGAGGGACGCUAUGAAGCUAAAGGACUUCCUGCUGAGAUCACCAGUGAGAAACAUCUGAAUGCCAUUCGCAGUGUGUUGUGGCAGGACGUGUACCCUGAGGUCAAACUGUGGGAGUUCUUUCAGGUCAAAGUGGACAGUGCUGUGGAGCAGUUCAGAACACUGCUACAAAAUGGCACCAAGCCUGACCGCAGGAAGACUGGAGGAGAGAAGGGCCUGAAGAUCGUCCAGGACCCACAAUACCGUCGUUAUGGCAACACAGUGGACAUGGACUCUGCCCUGGAGACAUUUGUACCUCACAGUUCCUCUCCGCAGCACAUCGAGGAGUGCUGUGGUUGGCUGAAACAGAAACUAAACGAGCUGAAUCAAGAACAGCACCACAUUGUUCACCAGCAUCAGGAGCAGGCUGCCAACUGCAUUGUGGGAAAUGUAGUGUAUGAACGUCUGGCCGACCAUGGCCCCAAACUGGGUCCUGUUUCCAGGAAAAAUCCACUGGUCACUAGGUAUUUUACCUUCCCAUAUCAGGACAUGACUCUGGAGCAGGAGUUGAAGCUACUGACCCAGCCAGACAAGAUGAGCCACUUCUUGGCUCACAAUGGAUGGGUGAUGGGUGAUGACCCACUGCGCAACUUUGCUGAGCCAGGCUCCAACGUGUACGUGCGCCGAGAGUUGGUCUGCUGGGGUGACAGUGUCAAACUUCGCUAUGGAAAAGGACCUGAAGAUUGUCCAUAUCUGUGGGAGCACAUGCGGAAAUACACUGAAAUUACCGCCAAAUAUUUCCAUGGAGUCAGACUGGACAACUGUCAUUCAACACCCCUACAUGUUGCUGAGGCCAUGUUAGAUGCAGCCAGAGCGGUCAGACCCAAUCUGUAUGUGAUAGCUGAGCUCUUUACAGGCAGCGAGCUAAUUGACAAUGUGUUUGUUAACCGGCUGGGAAUAAACAGUCUUAUACGAGAGGCCAUGUCAGCUGGUGACAGCCAUGAGGAGGGCCGACUCGUCUAUCGUUAUGGAGGUGAGCCAGUCGGCGCUUUUGUUCAGCCCAGCCUCCGUCCACUGAUGCCCUCCAUCGCCCAUGCUAUGUUCCUUGAUGUAACCCAUGACAAUGAGUGCCCCAUCCAGCUCCGUUCAGCGUUGGACUCACUGCCCAGUUCAGCUAUUGUCUCCAUGGCCUGCUGUGCUACUGGCUCCACCAGAGGAUAUGAUGAAUUAGUUCCACAUCAGAUCUCUGUGGUAAAGGAGGAGCGGUUUUACCCCAAGUGGAACCCCGCAGCAGCCCCCUCCUCUGCUGGUGAGGUUAGUCCCCAAACUGGCAUCAUAGCUGGGAAACUGGCCCUUAACAGACUACACCAGGAGCUGGCUGCCCAGGGAUUCAUGCAGGUUUACGUAGACCAGGUAGAUGCUGAUAUUGUUGCAGUUACUCGUCACUGUCCCAGCACCCACCAGUCUGUGGUGGCGGUGAGCAGGACGGCCUUCUGGAACCCCAAAACCCAUGAAUACAACAACAACGUCCCACCCAUGUUCAUACCUGGGAAGAUAGAGGAAGUGGUGUUGGAGGCCAGGACCGUGGAAAGGCAUGCUGGGAGUUAUAAGAAGGAUGACAAGUACAUCAACGGCAUGCCAGAAUACACUGUUGAAAUAAAAGAACAUAUACCGUUAAAGGAAAGUACGGUGGUGAAGCAGGCGGGAGUGACAUCUAAAGGUCGAUCAGAGUUUGUGCAGGAAAUCACCUUCCAGAAGUUAACACCCGGCAGCGUUAUCGCCUUUAGGGUUAGUUUGGACCCGAAAGCCCAGAAGGUGGUGGGAGUGCUGAGGUAUUAUCUGUCCCAGUUCAGUCCAAAGUACAAGAGAGGCAGCGUAGCAGAUGACAACCCACCGGAUGCACUGCAGAAGCCCCUGGCACAGCUGAUGUCUAAGCUGUCAUUAGCGGACAUGAAUUCCCUGCUGUUUCGCUGUGAGGCAGAAGAAAAAGAGGAUGGUGGAGGCUGUUACAAUAUCCCAGGCUGGGAGAACCUAAAAUACGCAGGACUCCAAGGUUUGAUGUCAGUGUUAGCAGAUAUCCGUCCCAACAAUGACCUGGGACAUCCUCUGUGUGCUAACCUCAGACAAGGAGACUGGCUGAUAGAGUUUGUCUCCAACAGACUGAUACACAGAGAGGGACCACUGGCACAGGUGGGUCAGUGGUUGGAAGCCAUGUUUAACUACCUGAAACACAUCCCACGCUACCUCAUCCCCUGUUACUUUGAUGCUAUUCUGGUGUCAACGUACACCACUGCACUGGAUGCAACUUACAAGCUCAUGUCAAGUUUCAUCCAGAAUGGCUCCACCUUUGUUCGUCAUCUGGGGCUGGGUUCAGUUCAGAUGUGUGGCGUUGGACGCUUUCCUGCUCUGCCUCCCCUUUCAGCCAAACUCGGUGAUGUCCCGUACCGCAUCAGUCCAAUUACUGGCGAGAAGCAACAGUGCUGUGUCUCACUGGCUGCAGGUCUUCCUCAUUUCUCUGCGGGGAUUUUCCGUUGCUGGGGCAGAGACACUUUCAUCGCUCUCAGAGGACUGAUGCUCAUCACCGGGAGACACAUCGAGGCUCGUAACAUCAUCCUGGCCUUUGCUGGGACUUUGCGUCAUGGUUUGAUCCCCAACUUGCUGGGAGAGGGUCGCUGUGCUAGAUUCAACUGUCGUGAUGCUGUGUGGUGGUGGCUGCAGUGCAUCCAGGACUAUGCCACCAUUGUUCCCCAAGGGCAUGAAAUCCUCAACUGCCCCGUCACACGCAUGUACCCUACUGAUGACUCUGAAGCCUGCAAACCUGGAGAGGUGGAGCAGCCUCUGUAUGAUGUGAUCCAGGAGGCUCUGCAGCGGCAUCUACAAGGAAUAUCCUUCAGAGAGCGAAACGCUGGACCCAAGAUAGACAUGCAUAUGAGAGAUGAAGGGUUCAAUGUGUUUGCUAAGGUGGACCCAGCCACAGGUUUUGUGACGGGAGGAAACCGCUUCAACUGUGGCACAUGGAUGGACAAGAUGGGCGAGAGCGACAGAGCGAGGAACAAAGGCAUGCCUGCCACUCCAAGAGACGGAGCAGCAGUGGAGAUAGUUGGUCUCAGUAAGUCAGCAGUUCGCUGGGUUGUGGAUCUUCAUUCCAGAGGACUGUUUCCUUAUGAUGGAGUCAAAGUGAACAGAGACGGUAAAGAGGUCUUAAUCUCAUACUACCAGUGGAACCAGCAGCUCCAGCAGUCCUUUGAAGCCGGGUUCUGGGUGUCUGGGGAUCCCAAUGACCCCAACGAGAAGCACCCUGAUCUGGUGCAUAAGAAGGGCAUUUAUAAGGACAGUUACGGAGCCUCCAGCCCCUGGUGUGACUACCAGUUACGACCCAACUUCACUAUCGCCAUGGUGGUGGCUCCAGAGCUUUUCACAGUGGAGAGAGCCUGGAAUGCUUUGGAGGUGGCAGAGAAGAAACUUCUGGGACCACUGGGAAUGAAAACGCUUGACCCCGAUGACAUGGUGUACUGUGGUGUCUAUGAUAAUGCUCUGGACAACGACAACUACAACCUGGCAAAAGGUUUCAACUACCACCAAGGACCGGAGUGGCUGUGGCCAGUUGGCUACUUCCUUCGUGCUAAACUCUACUUUGCCAAGAAACUGGGAGAGGAAACGUACGCUAAGACAGUGACUUUGGUGAAAAAUGUUCUGUCGCGACAUUACACUCACCUGGAGAGGUCUCCCUGGAAGGGCCUACCAGAGCUGACCAAUGAGAAUGGGCAGUACUGCUCAUUCAGCUGUGAGACUCAGGCCUGGUCUCUGGCCACUGUGCUGGAGGUCAUCUACGACCUCUAGAGGAGCUCUCAGACAGCAGAGGCAGCUCUGACUUCAUGUCCUGGCAUCACAGUGGUUACUAUGUUGCAUUCAUGUUCUGCGAGGGAGGACGAGAGCCCCGACAUGGAUGGAAUUUGAGGUCAUGUUUGCCACUGUAGUCGUCAGACACACUUUAGGAAAUAGUCUCGUAGUAGCGUUUUAACAUUGGAGGGUUUUUUUUGCAGUCCCCUAUAAUGUUACCAAGCUGUAUUUACUAUUAAAAAACAACCUAUCAUCUGAAGGUUGCCAAACAAUUCAUUUUCAGUUUUUCAAAUCUUCAUCUGGCCUGAUUUUAGGCAUAUGUCUCUCAAUCACUGACUGAAUUUGGGAAUAGUUUUGGUUUCAUUAGGAAUCUUGUCAAGUAUAUCCCAGGGUGAAAGGGUUAAUUAACUAUUGUCUAUCAGAUUUGUUUGCUUUUGCCUCCAGCACUUGACCUGCAAGCUUCAUGAAAAGCUUAGACUUGUAGUAUUUCCAGCUCAGAGACCUCAUAUUUGGUACUUUCCCCAUGUUUAGCCAAGUGAAUGAAAGGCAGUAGCAGCUGCAGAGCUGAUCUGGUGUCAGUAUUUGUGAAUGUCCAUUCUUCAGACGAUUAUUAUGGCCACACACUCACUGUACACAUGUACAUGUAUCUAGGAUACAUCACCAGUCUGGCACAAGGGACAUAUUUCUAAACAGCAUCUGGUUGGUAAAAAAUUCCUUCAUAAGGAAUUAACAUCUGAACCCAGCCCGCUGGUAUCAACAUACUGUGUAAUCUAUACUAAAUUUCUUCACCACCCACUAUGCACUGCACAUAAAUCAUUUUUGCCACCAGAGUAGGAGCUUUGAUUUAGCAACAACUCCUCUUUUACACUUAACCGUUCAGUCACUGUGUUUAAAUCCUACCUCUGACUCUGUGGAAACAAGGGACAGACAUGAUAAUGUGAUGACUGCUCAGAAGCUGUAGCAGCAGUGAUUCAUACACCUGCUUCACGUGGUUUGACUCCUUACCUUAAACACAGGUCCUGUCCUAAAGAGUAGCAGAAACCUCCACCUCAUGCCUUUAUACUCCUAAAGUAAAACCCAUUUCUUGCUGAAAUGGUCUUCCAUGCCACUGAAUUCUUCCCAUAAGCCUUAUGACCUAGGUAGUAUUUUUAUGGCGUGCCGUGACGUCACUUUGCUGUGUGUCUAUGUUGUAAAGUGAGUUUUGUGCAUGGAUGUUGCUGUUUAAAGUGCUGUGGAACUUUGUGUUUCCUGAGCUUCCUAAAGCCACCGUGUAGCCACACUGUAGAUCUCUGCCCAGGACCUCAACGUUGUUAUACAGCUGUAGAUGUUACACACGGUGAGGUUUUAACUUACACAACCAAACUUUCUGUACAACAGAAUAUAGACAACAUGGACUUCUGUGUAGAAAAGUCACUGCAUGUAGUGUAACAGCAUUAUGUCCAGCGUCACCUUUUUCAGUUGUUGGUUUACAGAGUUUUCUUGAGUAUCCGAUGACUUCCUGACCACCAUGAUGUGACUGUAAAGUUCUUCUGUUUCAGUCAAGUCACGUGUCUGUAAUGUUGAUGUUUACUCUUAACCACAGACAAAGGCAUACUUAAUAAACUGUUACAUGAC